AUGCUAGAUAAUUAUAUUGAAAUCCUUUAACAAUAUAAGAAUCCUAAAUUGCAAUACUUAUUUAGUUCUUUACCUUUACCAAAUUAAUGGUAAUUGUUUUAGACUGCAAAUAAGAUUGAUGUCUUAAAUAGUUAAACAGAUUAUUUAAUUGAUUUGUAUCACUAUAGAGAAAUUCCAAAAUUAUUACUUAAAGAUUAAAUAGAAAGACUUCCUGAAGAAUUUUAACAUGAUCUUAAUUAAGAAGAAUUUAUUUUAAUGUUAGCAAGAGUAUUAGACUUUCCACCAUCUCAUUUACCAUUUUUAAUUAAUGGAACUAGAAUAUUAUAUGAUUAAAUUUGUUGGUUAAAUUAGAUUCAUAAAGUAAUUGUAUUAUUUAUAGUAGGUUAAUUUUUCAACUUUUUUAAGUUUUUAUAUAAUAUGUGAAUCAGAAGCUAAAGAUAUGCCAGAAUCAUUUUUACCAUAUACAAAUGAUUAAAGAGCAUUUUUAAAACACUUUUAAGAAUUUGAAAAGGAUGAUUAUGGAUUUAGAUUCUCUAAAAAUUAAGAUAUUACUCAUCAUUAAAAUCCAAUAAAGAAAGUUUUCUAUUGUUAAGAUUCAAUUUUUAGUUUAGAUUAAAUGAGUGAUAAUAUAUAGAUAUUUGAUUCAGAAACAAUUGAAUUAAAGAAGACUAUUUAAUGUACAUCAAUUAAACAUAAGACAAACUUUUUAGGAUCACUUUCUAAAACAAUUUCAUAAAAAACUAUAAAUAUUUUAGAUAUCUUUUUUGCAGAUUCACCUAAGAUACUUGGAGCAUGUUGUUAAGAUAAAACAAUAUCAUUUUGGACAUUGACAAAUAAAUUUUAAUAAGAAUAUUCAUUUUCAACUGAAAAAUAUGGACUUUAAGUUUAAAUAGCGUAAGAACAAGUUUCAUAUUUGUAGUUAUCUGGAAUCGAUUAAAGCAUGGAUAACAAUAAAUAGAGAAAAUUAAAUAUAUUAAUGGUCAUUUACAUAAUUAAUAGAAUCAAAUGAUAGUAAAGCUAUUUCCUUUGCUAAUUCUUCUGUAGGCACUGCAAUAUUAUUACCUUAUAAAGGAUCAUAAAUUAAUUAUAUUAAAGAGAUUCCCUUAUUAAAUCAAUUAUUUAUUUGUACAACUGAAGAAAUUCAAAAAAAGAAUGAUAAUACUGAUAAGAUCUUUAAAACAAUUGAAAAAAGAAUUCAUGUUUGGAAUCCCAUGAAAUGGCAUGCCUUUUCAGAUAUUAAAUUACCAAUUAAGGGAUCUUCAGUUCAUACUAUAACAUAUUCUCCAAAAUUAGAUGUUCUUUUUACUGUAGGAUUUAAUGAUGAUGUUUUAUUAUGGAAAUUUGAUGAAGGUAAUGAGAAUUAUAAUUAAUUUCAUAAAUUAACUAUAAGAGAAUAGAUAGAAAAUUAAAGAAUAGAAAAUAAUACAGUAUCAGCUAUUGAAGCAUUUGAUGAAUAUGGUAUGUUGAUAAGUUUAGAUAAUAAAGGAAUAAUGAGAUGUUGGGAUAUUGAAUCAUGGGAAAUAAUUUAUAGAUUUAAUCUUGAAUGUGAAAUUAUAAAUACAACAAGUUAAAUCUUAAAAUUAAAUUAAGGGAAAUUUAUUGUUACUAUUUAAAGACUUAAAGUAUUAUAAUUUCCACGUAGUUAACCUAGAAAAGUUAAAGUAAGAUUUAAACCAAGAUUAAUGUAAUGUUUUAGUUAGAGAGUUUAUGUGAGUUCAAAUAAUUAACUAAUAGGAUUUAAUUGGAAUAAUGCAUAUAUUGAAGAAAAGGUUGAAAUGGCAAAUGAAUAAGAGAAAGUUGAAACUGGAAUAGAAAUUUUAUUUUUCUUUACUCAUUGGGAUGUUACUAUAAUAAUUUCUAAUGAUGCUAUAUUACAUAUUAUUAAAGAUAGAUUUAGAAAUAAUUAGAAAGGAAAGAAAGAUUUUCUUGAAUAUCCAUUAUUUGAAAAUAAAUAAAUUGAAGGUUGUUAAUUUCAUUAUUUAUAUUCAUAACUUACUUGUUGGAAUAAAAGUAUAUUAAGAAUAUUUUAAAGUCAAUAUAUAUCUAAAUAAUUGCAUUUUACAAAGAUUAGAGAAAUGGAUGCUAGAGGACAUAUUUAAAAAGUUAUUAAUUGUUGUGAAAGAGAUAUAAUAGGAGUACUUAUGAAAAAUAAUAUUCUUAAUUUUAUUCAAUAUAGUACAAUGAAAACAACAUCAUCAGUUACAACAGAAGAUGAAAUUGCUGAUUUCUUUUUAUUUAAUGAUUAUAGAUGUUUAGCCAUUAUACAUCAAAAAAGAAUUGUUUUUUAUUCACAUUAAGAUUAUACACUUUUUUAACCUAAAUAUUUCAUAAAAACAGAUUCUAUUUCACAUAUAAUGAAUCUUAAUUAUGAAUCAUUAGAUAAAAUAUUGGAUAUAUAUGUUCCUAAUCAUUUUAAAUAUAAAAAUAUUUAAUUUUUUAAAUAAUAAGAAGCUAAUAAUUAAUUUAAAUAUAAUGAAGAUGUUAAAAAAGAUUUCUCAGUUUUAUAAUAAAUAAAAGAAUUAAAAUAAAAGAAUGAAGAAUGUAAUUUUCUAGAAAUGAAAGGUACUGGACUUGUUAAAUUUAAAAGAACUGUUAAAAAGAUUUUAGAUAUGAUAAGAAAGAAUUCUUUAGAUGAAUUACAUAGAAUAUCUAUUUUAGAAAGAUAAAGUAUAGUUGAUUCAAGUAAUUAACCUAGUCAAAUUUUGGAUCUUGAUUCUACAUUAAUAAGAAGAAAUGGAUAAUAUAUAUCAAAUAUUAAAAUUGAUUAUGAACUUUAACCAGUUGAUCUUAAUCAAUAUACAUAUAGCAAAGUAUAUAUUUAUGAAGAUUUCCAUUAUUAAUAUUUUCUGUGUUAAAAUUCAACUCCUAUUGUAUUAUCUAAUAUUUAAUCAAAAAUUGUUGAAAAGUUUUAAAGAAUAAAAGAUCCUUAUUCAAAUAAAGAUGAUAAUACUAAAAUUAUAGUAUCAUUUAAUUCUUCAGAUGAAAUUCUACUUGAUUAUAAAGAAGCUGAAGAAGUAAUUUUAACUAAAGUUGAAAUUGAUCAUAAUUCUAUUAAUCCAUAAAUUAUUAAUUUUUAUGAUCAUUUACUAUUAAUUACUUUUGGUAAAGAAGAUAAUGCUUUAAAAUUUUGGGAUGUUACAUGUCUUAAAUCAUUAAAAUAAUUGAUUAUAGAUAAAGAAUAUCUUAAUCUUAAACCAUCUUAAGUUAGUUCUAUAUUAAAAUUGAAAGAACUUCAAGAAUACAAUUAAACACAUGAAAUCAAAUCUUAAGAAUAAUUAGUAUAAUAAAAAACUAAAGAUUUAUAAUCAUUAAUUAGAUAUAAGACUAAACAUUUAGGAUCUACUAAUUUAGGAGAUUCUCCAUAUUUAUAAGCAGAAUAUAUAUUGCCAUUGGAAUUACGAUUAAAAUGGAAUCUAAAAGAUUUUAAUUCUUUAUAUAGGAUAAAUUAAAUGAAAGAAACAUUUAAUUAUAUGUUAAAAAUGUUAUAUAAUUAUCAAGAAGCUAAUAAAUAUUAAAUGUAUCAAUAACAAUUAUAAAUUAACAAUAAAAUGAUGUUAUAAUAAAAAAUUAAAUCUGGUAGUUAAUUAGAUUUAUAUUUUUCUGAUGAUUUACAUGAUAAUCCAUAAUUACCAAAAUUAUAUUUAACUUAACUUUAAAUUAAACCAGAUCCUCCUCCAAAUACACCAUUUCCUAAAAUUUCAAAGGUAGAUAAAAAAGCUGAUAUUAAUUUUUAAGUUUUAUCUUCAAUAUUAAGAAAGAGUGAUUCUGAAUAAGAAGAUUAAAAUAAUAAUGAAAAGAAAUUGAGAAUGUCUGUUCAUUUAUCUCCAAAAGGUAAAAUUAAAAAAUUAAAUAAAAAAAAAGAAAAAGAUAAAGAUUCAGGAAGAGAAAAUCAAAAGGAAAAAGAAAGAGAUUUUAAUAAAGAGAAAGAAUCAUAUGAUGAAAGUUUAAAAUAAAAGUCAGAUGAUUAAGUUCAAUAUGAAAGAUUUGAUUAAUUUAUAAAAGGAGCUCCAAAGAAAAUAGUUUAAUUAAAUAAAUAAUUAAAUGAAUUAUAUUAUCCACCUUUUGAAAAAGAAUAAAAAUUACUUGAAUUAGAAAAAAGAAAAUAAAGACAGAAACCAGAUCUAUAAGUAACUACAAAUAAAAAGACAGGAAUUUAAUUAAUUAAAUUUAGUCAUAGAGCCACUGAUGAAGAAAAAAGAAGUAUAUAAAUUAAUUUAAAUAUAGAAUUUUUAUUAAAUUAUAGUUUUGAAGAAGUAGCUAUAAAAUAAAGUUAAAGUUUAAGAGAAAUAUCUGCAAAACAUGUUGAUAAAUCAUUAACACCAUUUAAAGAUUAUUUAAAAGAAACUAGAAAUAUUAAAUUAAAUAAUCCAAUCAAAGCUAAAGUAAAAUUAUGUAAUUUAUAUAUCAAUUAUCUUUUAGCAAUGUUAAAAUAAAAUGAUAAUAUAUCUGAUAUCAUAGAUACAAAUUAAACAAUGGAAGAUCAAAUAAGAGAAGAAAUUGUAGGUCUAAAAUUGAUAAAAAGAAAUCAUAGAGCAAAAAUUAAAGAAGAAUUAAGUAGAAUUUUAAUAUUAUAUAUUUAUAGAAUACAUUUUAGAUGCUGAUUUAAAGAAAUUUUCAUCUUAAGAUAGUUUUGCAGAAGCUAUUAAUGAUUCUUAAAGAAAUAGAUCAUUAACACCUUUAAAAGAUUAUUUAAUAUCCAAAUCAAAAUCGAAAAAACAAAUUUAUUGA